AGGAAUUGGGAUGUAUAAAAGGCAAAGAGCGAGGUGAUGAACAUCCAAACGUUUCGAAGACUUAUCGAGAGAUCCUCAGAAGCUCACCCGCUCUUGGAGCGCACUGGGUCGGUCCGUUGGCAGAGGAUGACAUUUCUAGAAGCUCAAAUAUCGCCAUCAUCUCAGCUUCUUCAGGAUACCACAUCUUCUUGAACAUCCUCAACAAUCGAUUGUUUACAUCUAAAAGUCGGUUGUGAACUCGUUUGGUGAAAACGACUCCAGGAAUCCUCCAUCAUGCCAUCACGUACAAGUCUGCCCGCUCUUUUCAUGGUUUUAACCUGCAGUAUGGUCAGCAACCUCGCAGGAGCGAGGGUGGUUUUAAAAGAUACCAUAAUGGAAGUAAAGCAGCAGCAGCCAGCUGAGCUACGGAUAGAACCCUUCUAUGGUGCUCCCGCCAAUCAGGAGGUAGAACCAACGGGUAUGACUGAGGUGACUGAAAGCGGCAGUCUCUCUGAGGAAUCGUCCGAGGAAGAUGAUAUGGAUGUUGAUACCGAUACCGACACCGACAACGACGUCGACACGGCAAACGGUAGCACCGCGGCCUCCAUCAACAUCGGGGCACUGCCGAACACCAACGUCGAGCUGGUCAAUGACGCGGGGGUCGUGUCUGGAAACCAACUCCCGAUAAAGGGUAGGCCGGAUCACAUGCCUAGCAACCAAGAUGUCAGGAUGACGUCAUCGUCAUCGAACGCGACGUUCGGCAUCGCCAUCGCAGCCAUGAUCAUGGUAGGCCUUGGCAUGGGAUCGAUCGUCUUCGUGGUCAAGAAAUACAGGCACCACUUCCCUGUUGUUGUGCGGGUAUAACUUAUUGGCGCUGUACAAUAGCACAAGAGUUUUCGCAAUCACUACGCUGACGCUUUCUGGAACGUAGAGAAUCUAUUGUCAAAAGACCUUCAUGACAAUGCAGCCUUUGUCGAAAAUCGGGGAAUAAAAACAGCAGCCGUCGUCCUGGACUCUGGACAAACGACAAAUUGCAAUUUUUCGUCAACUCCGAAUCUUAAGACGAUCUUCCGUCCCGAUUCUCAAAUUUUCAACAAAGACCUCUGAGCUGUCCAUUGUGAUUUGACGGGCAUUUUCAAUAGAUUUACUAUGUUGUAGAAUCCGUCUCCGUUGUAAUUGCGAAAAACUCGCUAUUGAUUUGAUUUGAUUUAUUGUUUUCUUCUGCAUUCAUAACAUUUGUAUACAAUACAAUUUUCAUUACGUAACAAACAUAAUAUAUCGGUAAUUGAUUAAGGUAUGAAUCAUAAAGAAAAAAAAAACUAAAUAAAAGAGUCAUUCUAAAGAAAUAUGAUCUACUAUAGCCUCAGCCACACCUACGAAUCCGAUUCCAGACCGACCUAAGCUAUUACGUUAUUUCCAAUGACAUGUCAACGGUCGGCUUGGAGUCGGUUUCCUUGGUGUGUGACUGUAGCAUAAGCAUUUGAUGGUACCGAAGAGUGCCGUGGCCGAGUGGUCUAAGGCGCCUGACAAGACACAUGAAAGUCCGAGGUUCGAUCCCCGGCCACGGUCCCUAUUCCUGUGAACAAUGCAUUUAAUCAACAUUGCUCUUUAUAUCACAUUCAAAUAAAUGGAAAUGCUAUAAGAAUUCUUGGUAACAAUGUGUCAACUUGUUUUAAAAGUAGAUGAAUACUUCAUUAGAAACUGUGAGGCUUAUUAUCAAUAUCCCAUCCGAGGGAAUAUUGACGGAUGUUCUAUACCAUAUCAAAGUUCAGUAUCGUACAAACCAUUAUUGAAGCACAGACUGGCCACCAGAAAGCUUCCCGCGUAAGAUAAGAUCUUUCUGUAGUUUUAUGUGUAUGUUUUUCAUGUAUAUAUAUUGUAUAAGUGUACUUUUAUUUUUUUUAAUGGGUGAUUAAAGUGAUUAAUCACUUCGGAUUUGAUGUAGACCGUAUAUAGGUGCAAUUUUUCUAAAAAUUUACAUAGCUAAUUUCAUAAACAUUUUGGGUUUUUCUGGGGGGGGGUAUGAAAGGGAUAUUAAUUACGACUAGACAUUCCAUAUCUUUUGGAGAAACGAAGAAAAAAUAGGUACAUGUAUAAUUAUGUUCGGGACAGUAAUGAAAAUAAAAAAAUAAUUUGAUUGUUGCAUAAUCAAGUAUGUAUCUUUUUCAUGGUCUCGUCUCCAGAAACGUUGAUGAUCUUCUGAAAUUCGGAGUGAAAAAUUAAUAAAAACAGUUAUUUAGAAAUGAA